AUGAGUUGCCACGCAUGUUCUCGUGCUCCGAAUCCACGGUUGCCUUUCUGUUGCGCAACAUGUGCCCGUUCCCAUCUAUACCAACUGCGAGUCGAACAUGUGAAAGUCCUCUUAGAAAAAGAAGUCAUAGGAAAACAAAUUGAUGAGGCUGUCGCACAUAGAGAAACUCAAGGGAGAGCUGAAGAAAUUGAUGGAGUGGUCCCCGAAUCAGCUAUGGAGGGCCAUAGUCGCUGGGCCAUUCAGGCUAUCGCCAACAGGCAAGCAAAUUCAUCAACAAGGACAAAAACACUUGGGGAUCAAGUUGAAGUGUUGGUCGCUGAAAUAAACGAUAAGAAGCUUGAUAUAUCUCAGCGCAAGCUCACCCUGGCACGGCGAAAUUCUGACACUGAAUCUGCGAAGUAUCAACUUCUGGAGCGUGAAGGCGCCAUGCUGACCGCAAUACAAAACAACACCAGAAGGACGGAACAUCUCUGGCAUAAUCUGCACACCAAGACAAUAGAUGCACGGAUAUUCCUCUGCAGGGAGGCUGCUAAUAUCUAUGGAUUGCGGCAGAAGAGCAAGAGGAUCAACGGGGAUAGUAAAGAGACCUACAUGCUUGGUGGCAUGCCGAUCAUAGACUUGCGAGAAAUGAAUGGAAAGUUGAGACCCUUUAUUUUGACCCUGUCCAAAUGA